AGUACCCCAAUAUUUUUUUACAUGACAAAAAUACCCUCUCGAAUUAAAGCAAAGAAUCACGUGUCAUUUUCUGCCCAAAACGAAUUGAAGAAAGGCUCUCCCUUUGAUACGUGGUCAAUGCUGCUCCUUGUUGUCCACCGAAGUCGAAGCUUCUUCCCGUACCACUAGUAAGACGUGGUCAAUUUUCCAUUCUUUCUCUGUCUUUCGUGCUCUUUCUUCAAUCUCUGUUUGUUGUCGCGGGUGCAAUUUUUUUAUUUUUUUUGGGGAGAGAAUGAGUUUUCUUUUUUCCGUGAGUUUGUGGUUGUGGAUGGUUAUAGGCACGUGAAAUCGGAGAAAGUGUUUCUGAAACAGAGGACUGUUAAUGCUUGAUGGUUUUAUGCUUCGAUCUCUGUUUUAUUGCUUGAAUGCUUGAUACCUGAAAUAAAUAUGUCGUGAUUUGCAUUCAAGAAUUUAAUAUUAGAUAAAAUUUCAGUAGUGUCCCCGAUACAUGAUGAUUUCUGGAUUCGUCCCGGUGAUUUGGUAAUGUGAAUGCUAUUUUUGUUGGGAUGGUUUUCAUGAUUUAAUGGUUUGUGCAGUGUUAAAAUCCGUCCGAAUAAGAUGCCCAAUGUUAUGUAAAUAUUAAAGAUCAAGUGUUGCUAAUGAGAAGCGGUGGAUACGUGAACUUGAUAUCUAUGUGAAAUGUGAAUUGACAGCUGUAAAUACCUGAUUUGGAAGUUGUGAAUAUUCAAAGAGAUAAUGUUAACGUACGUUGUGCAGACGUUGUGAUAACAUGUCUUGUUAAUGUUGAAUAUUUGGCACAGAAACGACAAGAUUUUUAGCUAACCUCUCUUUCCGAAGGAUUCAGCUGAUCAAAGAAACUCAAACCAGCUUAAUUAAUUCUGUCAAAAUAUGUCAGCCAAUUCUUCCUGGUCCUUCGGCUUAUGCGGUUGCUGCUCCGAUUGUGGCACUUGUUGCCUCACGAUCUGGUGCCCAUGUGUCACUUUCGGAAGAAUAGCAGAGAUCGUUGAUAGAGGAACAACCAGUUGUUGCGUGCAGGGAAUAAUAUUCUACAUACUGGGGGGUUUCACACAAUGUGUGUCAUGUUACGCUUGCAUUUACCGAACGAAGAUGAGGAAUGCAUAUAAUAUUGAAGGCAACGAAGCUUGUGACUGCUUAGUCAGUUGCUUCUGCCCCCACAUGUCCCUCUGUCAGGAGUAUCGUGAGCUCAAAGCUCGUGGAUUCAGCAUGAUGGCAAGGAAAUGUGGAAAUGCAGAGUGCCGGUGUUAUGACAGCUCCGGCGGUGGAAGGUGGCAUGAGCCGUUAGCGGUGGCGGUGGCUCUCUCUAAUUGGUUCUGUGUUGAAUGAUGUCUUGUGGGAGUGAAUUAAGAAUAAGGCCUCGUCUCGCUGCAUGUUUCUUCUCGACAAUCCUUGCAAGUUGUGCUGAUCUAUAGUCUAUACACACACUGACACACACAUCUGCUUACAUAGUUCUGUUU